AUGAGUCAUCGACGGCACAAGAGCGGUGACUUUCAAAAUGGUCUUCGUCUGCCAAACGGUUUCGACCCUCAGACCAUAGUUUCCUACCCGGACAACAUUACUUUAACUGACAUUUACUACUUUUGCUAUGCUCCAACACUCUGCUACGAACUCAACUUUCCCCGUUCUGCUAGACGUAGAAAAGUGUUUAUGAUGAAACGACUUUUUGAAGUGGUGUUCCUAGUUCAGCUCAACCUGGCGUUGAUUCAGCAGUGGAUGGUGCCAACAAUAAGCAAUUCACUUAAGCCGUUGCAGGACAUGGACUACUUUAAAAUGUUAGAACGAUUACUUAAACUUGCGAUUCCGAACCACGUUAUUUGGUUGAUUUGGUUUUACGUGUACUUUCAUUCAAUGUUGAAUUUGGUGGCUGAAGUUUUGCGUUUUGGCGACAGAGAAUUCUACAAGGACUGGUGGAAUGCAGAGUCUAUCGCGCAGUUCUGGAAAACAUGGAAUAUGGGGGUUCACAAGUUUGCAUUGCGCCAUAUCUAUGUGCCUCUGCUGAAGAGAGGAUACUCCAAGAUGACUGUCAUGUCUGCGGUCUUUGUCAUUUCGGCAUUUUUUCACGAAUACCUCGUUUCAGUGCCGCUGAAAAUGUUUGGGGUGUAUGCUUUUGCAGGGAUGGCUCUUCAAAUCCCAUUUUCCAUCAUCGUGUCUCGCAUGCUUAAUGGAAACUGGGCAAACAUUUUUGUUUGGUUUUCCUUAAUCAUAGGCCAGCCUUUGUGCAUUCUGGCCUGCUACCACGACUACUAUGUAAUUCACCAU